AUGCUGCAAAACGAGAAAGAGUCGUGUUCAACUCCAGUACACCUCGACAUGGGAGGCGAAUAUUGUACUUUAAGAGAAAUUUCUGAUGCGGCAGCUGCGGCUGGAGCAACAAAGAAGCUAACCAGUCAAAAACCUGAACAAAAUGCACAAGCUAACCACACAAGUCGAGACGAUAAGGAUAUCAACCUGAGCCCGAGGCACAAAGUGUUACGCUCAAAGUCAACUCCCGGGCGAGAAACACCCGUGAACAUCGUACUUGACACAGAAGGUGUGUCAGCUAAACACGUGAAUGGUGUUCAGCCGAGUGCGAGUGGCCAUUAUGUGAUAGCCCCAGCGAGACGAAGCACAGGUCAUGUCAAACCAGGAGGCAGGCGAAGUCUCGGGUCUCUUUCUACUCGGGAGCCGCCUGCUCCACUCUGCUACUUCGCAUAUCUAGGCAAGCUCACCCCAGCGCCGAAAGAUACUCAGCGGGGACGGCUUCACUCGGCGCAUGACAUCUUAGCUGAUCGGCCGGUGAUAAUAACGAGCACGUCGAUUAUAUCUCCUUACGCCACCAAUGUUAUUUGCCAGGAAUUUGAAGCGAUCGAGGAGGAUGAAAGACGUGGAGAUUGCCACGACCUCUUGGACUGUUGCACGUGCAUGUGCUGUGUAAAAGGACUCUUUUACCACUGCACCAAAGAUAACAAAGAUGAAGGUAAAAUUUCCGAGGAUCCCUGUUCAUGCCAGGGGCCUGUGAGCGAGUGCAUGGGCCGCUGGGGGAUCAUGGGAGUCAUGUCCAUAUUCAUGCCUUGCCUGUGUUGUUACCUCCCUUUUGAGGCAUAUUUUAAGUGCCACGACUGUGUGAAAACUAUGAACAGCGGAGAUGAACGUGAGAGAAGGAGGGAUCCUAUAGGAUGCUCGUCUUCGGAAAUGGAACCUGCAUCAAUAUCGAUGAAUUCCAGAAAUGGAACUGUGAUAUAGAAAUUAUUAAUAAUUUCGUCGAAGCCCUGUAGAUUCACUUUUAUCUCAGGGAUAAAGUGUCCAUCCUAUUUUACUCGCCAAAUGUUAAUAUUUGGUAUAUCAUGUCAAUCCAAACAUUUUGAUCAGUAACGAGGAUGAAAUUUGCUGGUCAAAUUUAAGGUAGCUUUAAAGUACUAAGCGCCGUGUUUAAAGUAGGUUCCCCCUAUCAGUUGUUUCCCCGUCAGCAGGAAGAGCGAAAACCUUGUAGUCAGUAAAAUAGGGUAUCGAUUAGCAAGUAUCUAGUAAGACGGUUACAAAACGGGACAAUUCUUAGUUCCUUUUUAUGUGUAGGAUUUCAAGACUCGUCAUGUCUGCCACAUAUACCAUCCAAAGAUAAGAGUUUGUCGUACAAUCAAUCGAUGUCCUCCUUGUUAACAUCUUUAUUCUUAUUGGCUGAUUUCUUGACAGUCUAUUGAUGCUUUAAUGAGAGAUGACUUAUUGAUCCCUCCCGGGAGUGAAAGGGUUUUUCUUUAGCUAGAGAGUAACCCAAAAGCGCAUUACAGUGUGGAAUCAUACCAGUUACUGAUAACUGGAAAUAUAGACACGUUCUAAACUAACCGCAAACCAGCAGACUGGGGCGGGAUACCUUAUAUAGUAUUAGAAAUUGCAUACUGCUGUAACAUUGAGUGGUAACGACUCCCAAAUAACGCAAAUCAAAGUAAAAAAUAGAUUCCGCAUACCGUGCCUCUGGUCAGUAAUAACAGAUCACAAAAAAAAGUAAUGGCACACGUGGCGCAGCCAAGUGGGGCACUGUGAUCUUUAACUGUACAGACCAACGGUAACAUGGAAUCUCUUUGCUAUGUAUGAUGAAAACAAACAACCAAAAUGUUGUUUAUGGUAACGUCAUUUAUGCGUCUGUCCAAUAGAUCAUAGGAACCAACUAGAAUGUGUGCACAAUUGAUCUUAUCAGUUAACUUAAGAAAAAAAAUACCAAAUCAUUGCCAUAUGAUAGAUUGCUUGAUAUAGAUAUAGUUCUGCUAGGUUUCACUCGGAAAUCAGCUUCGUUCGAUAUGAAACGCAAUUUAUAAAUGGAUGUCUGUAAAUACUGUAGAAAAUAGCAAACUGAAUUUGUAACGAUAACAAAACAGAGUGAGAAGUAUAUGGAAGGUCCUAGAAUCUUUUAAUUCAAUUCUGAGCUGAUAUCGGCGUGAAAUAUUUACGAAAACAUUUCACAUAGUUUCUUAGCUUCAUUGCUUAUCUUUUAGAAAUAUUACAUGAUUCAUUACUAGUUGAAUUAUCGAAGUAAGUGAUAAUUAAACUUCUAUCCUGACCGAGGAGUUACAUUUCUUAAUAUAUACAAUAUCAGUCUAGUAGAAUGAAACACCUCGUAUGAAAAAUAAGGGAAAAAAUGAAAUGGUUUUAAGUAGUAAGCACAGUUCUUAUCAGAGCUGCAUGGUUACCUACACUAGGCACUGGAAAAUAACUCCCUAUCAUGUAACAUUUCGGCGUUUUUAACAAUAUCUCCCGCAGGAUAUACACAAACAGGUCAUCUUGAUGCUUUAAUGCGGUUUGGGUUUUUUUCGGCCAUCGCACCGCAGGCAAUCUCACACAAGAUUAAAUUUACUGGCCUCUUAGUAUCGGCCUCUAGUGAGUGGCUAAAGUUUCUCAAAAACAUAUCGUACCUGUCACCUUUGCUACCAUAUUUGGGUAGAAACGUAUCCGUUUUGAUCCGUUGGCUGUUAAACCUCAGCUUGUCCCAAAUGUUAUAAGUAAAUUUUAACGUUUUCAGUUUCAGUGUUUGCCUCUAGUUUGAAAAACGCUCCCUCACAUAAAAAAAAAUUAAAAACGCAUAAAACAAACAGAAAAGAAAACAACCAAAGCAAAAUUCAAAUUGAUUACGGUUAUUUUUGAAGGCUUGAGACAUGACGUAUUGAAUGAUCAAACAAAUUACGUCAAUGCAAAAAUACACGGAGGAAACAACGUUAUAAUCCACAAAAAUUUUACCUUAGUUAUGUUCUACUCGUGAAUCGAGAACGGGAAACUUAUUCUCAUAAAGCUCCGUGACUUUACGUGAAAUAGAAAAAACUUCGGAACAGCUCCAGUUGUUUAUUCGCUGACUAAUCACUGAGCUUCUACUACGUCAUCGGUAAGAUAUUUUUCUGUCUUUUUUUCAGAGCUCUGUUUUUCUCUGUAUGUAUACAUAUAUAUGCUCGGUCCGUGCAAACGUUUUGUAAUCAUCUCUCCACAUUCGUAUGUAGUAAUUGUUCAUUUUUAUUCCCUUUCUGUUGCUCUUUCGAGUCUUGAGGAAUUUUUUACGGUUAAUUUUCUCAGCGACUAACUGUUAAAAUUUGUCAAUUUUUAAGCCUAACUUCUAAUUUAUCUCGAAUUAACAGGGUAGCUAAGUAGUUAAUAUCUUCGAGAACAUUGAAAUAAAUUGGAAAAUGGACUUUGUAAAUAUACAUAAACAUAGAGUUUAAAAACUCUAACUGGUAGGAACCGGACCAGUCUGUUGUAAUCAAAAAGCAGCCAAGGGGCUGAAAGCAGGGCGGAGGGUUUUAAGCUCCAUGUAUGUAGCCUAAAAAUCAUAUCUUUGCGAAUCGUUUUGAAGCGUAAUUUUAGUUAAGAAAUGGUUAACGAGCAGCUUGUAACCCAUCGAGUUUAAAGGCUGACGUUUCGAGCGUUAGCCCUUCGUCAGAGCCCUUGGCUCUGACGUCAGCUUUUAAACUCUUUACGGUGGCCAAUUUACAUUAUCAACUCAGUUGAUAAAACCAAACAGUCCAGAGAAUAACCUAGUUUAGCUAGAAUACUCACGCCUCAAAAUCUCCUUAUCAGCAGCGAUCCAUAGAAAAAGAUAUGGCCAUACGAAGAUCGCCAUCAAUAUCGGAACUAGCAGAUUCGCCUUCAGAUUCAACACGCCACGAUACCGCAAUAAGUGUCCUUGUUAGUAAUUCUGACAGCGAUGACUCUAGGUUAAAAAAAGAGCAGCCAAAGAAAGGAAAGAAAAAAGAUUCUCUUCGAAGAUGCAAAUCCUUUCCGUUUAACGGAGAAAGAAAACAUAGCAAAGAAACUCAGCCAGGUGAGUGGAAGAGCGCUUGGGAUAAGGAAAGAGGAUAUGUUACAGACCUUAUAGCAGAAAACCAACCCGUCAAGAAUCAACCUCAACUCUCCUAUUUUGCCUAUCUUGGUGCCAGAUCCCCACAUUUUGUGCGUUACCAAGCCGUUUCGAGCGAUGCUGAUGUCAUUAUUAACCUUGGGACAGAUAUCAUCUCUCAAAAUAGGGCCACUGAUCGUAUAAAUUCUCCGGAAAGAAAGGAAUUCCAGGGUGAAUCUGUUUAUGCCAGCGAGCCGUUAAAACCGGAUAGAACACAAUUGAUAGAGUGCUGUACUUGUAUGUGCUGUGUCAAAGCUGUGUUUUAUCAUUGCACCAAGGACGACGAAGAUUCAGGGAGAAACUGGGCCGACGAGCCUUGCUCAUGUGAGGAACCUGGGAUCGAUUGUGCGGCUGGAUGGUGCAUCAUGGGAAUCUUUUCUCUAUUUAUUCCUUGUUUGGUCUGUUACCCUGUCAUGAAAAUCUGCUCUAAUAUUUCUUUUAAAUCACUGAGUAAGCAGGAAAGUAAGGGAAAGAAAGGUUGCCGCUCUUGUCUAUCGGUAGUGAAUUAG